AUAUCUAUCUUCUUCAUCUUCUCAACUGCACAAAGAUCAAGUCACCGGAAAAAACAUAAGAGAUGACGGAGAAAGAAGAAAGCAACCACCACCUUGGCACCGUCAGAUCCCUCCAAGAAACUCCCACUUGGGCUCUGGCCACUGUUUGCUUCUUCUUCGUCGCGGUUUCCAUCUUCCUUGAGCGUCUCAUCAAUCUUCUCUCCAUUAGACUUAAGAAAAAUAGAAAAAAAUCGCUACUUGAAUCAUUAGAGAAGCUUAAAUCAGUUCUAAUGGUGCUAGGAUUCAUGUCACUGAUGCUAAACGUGACUGAGGUUGAAGUUUCAAAGAUAUGCAUUCCCAUAAAGUAUGCAAAACUAAUGUUGCCUUGCCGUAAAACCAUUCAUUCAUUACAAAAAGAUGAUGAUAAAGCUAAUGAUGAUCAUGAUGAUGAUAAUGAUCAAGAUGAUGAUAAUGACUAUGACAAAAACUUCCUUCACCAAUGCUCCAAGGGGAAGACGUCAUUCAUAUCACAAGAGGGUUUGACCCAGUUGAGUUACUUUAUCUUUGUGUUGGCUUGUAUGCACAUUCUCUACAAUCUUGCUGUUCUUUUCCUUGGAAUGGCCAAGAUGAAGAAAUGGAAAUCAUGGGAGAAAGAGACUCAAACAGUGGAGUAUCUAGCAGCAAAUGAUCCGAAUAGGUUUAGAAUGACAAGAGAUACAACAUUUGCUCGACGACACUUGGGUUGGACUGAAACAUCGAUUCAACUUUGGAUUAAAUGUUUUUUCAGGCAAUUUUUCAACUCGGUGGCAAAAGUAGAUUACCUCACACUACGUCAUGGGUUCAUCACAGCUCAUUUAUCAUCAAAUAAUGCUUUUAACUUCCAAAAGUAUAUACAAAGAUCUUUACAUGAAGAUUUUAAAACUAUAGUUGGUAUCAGUCCUUUGAUGUGGCUAACUGUUGUCAUCUUUAUGCUCCUCGACGUUUAUGGUUGGAGAGUAUACUUUUAUAUGUCAUUUGUGCCACUAAUUGUAGUUCUAGUGAUUGGGACAAAACUAGAGAUGAUAGUGGCGAAAAUGGCUGUCACAAUUAAGGAACAUAACAAUGUGAUUAGAGGAAGCCCUGUUGUUGAGCCAAACGACAAGCAUUUCUGGUUUUCUAAUCCUCGUUUCCUCUUGAGCAUUCUACACUACACGCUGUUUUUGAACACCUUCGAGAUGGCAUUUUUUGUUUGGAUCACUUGGCAAUUUGGGAUUAACUCUUGCUACCAUGAUAACCGAGAGAUCAUCAUCACACGACUUGUAUUAGCGGUGACAGUCCUAGUCUUGAGCAGCUACAUUACACUGCCUCUUUAUGCCCUUGUAACUCAGAUGGGAUCAAGCUAUAAGAAAGUAAUCUUGGAAGAACAGCUAGCAAAUGUGUUCAAACAAUGGCAUGGUAGGGUUAGAGACAAGAGGAAGACAGGACAAACUACAGAAACGAACAACGGUAACGAUAACGAGGGUGAUAGUAAUGGCGACGAUAUUGGUUUAGCUGCGAGUCCAACUCAGUCAGAAGUUGCUUAUGAUUUCAGAUCUAUGGGUAGACAACCACAGGUUUUACAAGAGAUACCGGUAGGUAUACACAAGCAAGCUGAAAGGUGAUAAGGUUGAUGGAACAUAAGGAAGAGAGAGUGUUGGUAGUAUUGAUAAAGCAAAUAGAGUUUGCCUUUACUAAUUAUUGACUUAUCAAAUGACUUAAACACUUAGUUAGCCAGAUGUUUAAUUAUAGCUUAUUGUAAUAAAAAGGGAGUGUAUGUAGUAUGAUCCUAUCUGAAACAUGAAUAAUUGUUUUGAAGUUACCUUUUUAUUUAUUGUGAGGUUACUGAAGACAUUGUGAAUAAUAUAUAUACUUGUACA